UCCUGGUUGCUUUUCAGAAACUAUGUAACUUUUGUGCCAAAGGGAUGGUGUUUUAACAUAGACACUGAAGGAGAUGGGGAACUGCCCUUCAAUCUCUAGUUUAAAAACAUCAAAGGGAACAAGGAAUGAUUUUUAACAGUGGAUAAAAAUGUUUCUUUGACAGAUCUAAAAGAAGCAUACUUGUCUAUUUUAGUUUACUGAAGUUAGUACAUUUCUAUACAUCUUGUGGGUUUAAAUUCCAAUCCAGAUAUGUCACCAGAUUACAGGGAGAAAUACAAAGAAUAUGUGAGAAAAAAAUAUUGUCUACCUGAAGAUGGAAACCAUUCCUAUGUGGCCCAGGUACCUCCAAAUGAAAAAUACACUGAAGUGAUUAUUGGAAGUAAAAAAGAAAGAGGAAAUGAAAUACUGAACAGACCAUGGAGACAUACACAACUGCUGUCGGAGCAAUGGCCUGCUACAACCAUAGAUGCACUCUUUGAAAGUGACUAUGAUGAACCACAGACAGUUGUGCUCCUGGGUGUGGCUGGAGUGGGGAAAACCACAAUGACCAGAAAGAUCAUGCUAGACUGGGCAACUGGAAGACAAUUUCCAGAGAGAUUUGAUUCUAUUUUCUACCUGAGUUGCCAGCAAAUGAAUCUCAUUGUUGGGGAGACUAAUUUGGCUGACUUGGUUUUACAGAAUGAUCCCGAACCUAGGCUAAAAGAAGCAAUGAAUGAGCUUAUCAUGAAUCCAGGCAAAUGCCUCUUCAUCAUCGAUGGCUUUGAGGAACUGAGUUGUUCCAUUGAGCAACAGGAGGACAACUUGAGCCCCGAUCCCUGGGAGAGGAUGUCAGUGGGGCUCCUCUUGAGCAGUUUGUUUCACAAAACUCUCCUUCCUGAGUCCUGCUUAAUCAUCACUACUAGGCCAAAUGCUCUAGAGAGUCUUGAGAAUUGUUUACAGUCCCCAUGCUAUGUCAGGCACCUGGGACUUUCUGAGGGAGGCAAGAAAGAAUAUUUCCACAGGUUCUUUGGGGAAGAAGAAUUAGCAGUACAGGUUUUGAGCUACAUUAAAAGGAAUGAAGCACUCCUUGCUAUCUCCUUUGUCCCCACUGUAUGUAGGAUCAUCUGCACUGUGAUGAAGCAGCAGCUUGACAAGGCUAAGAAAGAUCUGUCGCCAGUUUCAGAAAGACUCACAGCAGUAUAUGCCCUUUAUCUCUCUCAUUUGGCUGGGUCUCUGUGCAGUGGUUCUGAGCAGCUGGAUCUGAUUAGAAGAGUUUGCUCAUUGGCUGCUGAUGCAAUCUGGAAAAAGAAAACUUUGUUUAAAGAAGAAGAACUUCCGAACCAGUUGGCUCUGUGCAGUACUCUCUUCCAGAAAAAUCCUGAUUGUGAAGGCAUCUACAACUUCAUCCAUCCCACUGUUCAAGAGUUUCUUGCAGCAUUGUUCUAUGUUUUUGAAGAUAUGUCCAGAAAUUCUGAAACUGCUAAGGAAGACAUCAAAAUCUUCCUGGAUGCCUGUAGCAAAGGCCAAGGAGAUUUAACUUUAACAGUACAAUUCGUCUUUGGCCUUUUAAAUAAAGAAAUAAUGGAAUACUUAAAAGAACAAUUUGAGUGGAACAUUUCAUCUAGAAUUAAGGCUGUCUUGCUGGAGUGGUUUCAAGUAGACACAUGGAUUCGGUUUAUUUGUCCGAAUUAUGGUCAGUUGGAGCGUUUUCAUUCUUUGUAUGAGAUCCGAGAAGACAAAGAAUUUGUUAAAUGUGCACUAAAUCACUUGAUGAACCUGACUUUGGAAAGGCUGACUUUUACUCAAAUGGAUAAAGUGGUUCUCUGUUUUUGCAUAAAGAAUUGUUUGAAUUUAGAAACUCUUUCACUGUAUAGAUGUUCGUUUCUGAUGGACAAAUCUGAGGCAGCAGCACUUCCAGCGCUUCCCAAUCAGCCAUGCCAGCAACAUCAGAAGACAGAGGAGCAAUCACCAAUUCACCUGCUUUGUCAAACACUGAUGGAUCCAAACUGCAAAAUAAAGAAAGUGGAGCUGGAUGGAUGCCAGUUCACAGAGAGGUGCUGGGUAGAUUUGUCUGUUGUUCUCUCAACAAGCCCGGCGCUGGUGGAACUGGACUUGCAGAUGACCAAUCUGAAGGACUCAGGAGUCAGGCUGUUGUGUGAAGGACUGAUUCAUCCAAAUUGCAAACUAGAAAAAUUGGGGUUGGGGGGAUGUGAUCUGACUCAUGCUUGUUGUGGUGAUCUUUCCACUGUUCUCAGCCACAGCCAGACACUGAUGGAGCUUCAGCUGGCUUGGAAUUCUUCCUUGGGAGUUCAAGGGGUUCAACUGCUGUGUCAAGGACUAAAACACCCAGCCUGCAAGCUUCAGAGCCUGGACCUGGAUGAAUGUGGUCUCAUAGCUGCUAGUUGUCAGGAUCUCAUUCCUGUUCUCAGCACCAGCAAGACACUAAGGAAGCUGAACCUGGAGCGCAACAAACUAGGAGAUGCAGGAGUGAAGCUGCUGUGUGAGGGCCUGAAACAUCCACAGUGCCAGCUGCAAACUUUGUUACUCACCAAUUGUGAGCUUGGUCCAGCCUGCUGUGGAGAUCUCUGCUCUGUUCUUAGCACCAGCCAAACACUGACAGAGUUGGAUCUCGAGUAUAACCAACUGGAAGACUUUGGGGUGAGGCUACUCUGUGAGGGACUGAAGCAGCCCAACUGCAAACUGGAAAAAUUAGGGUUGGCGCACUGUGGUAUUACAGCAGCUUCAUGUGGAGAUCUUGCUUCUGUUGUAACUGUAAAACAGACUCUGAAAGAGCUUGUGAUUGAAUUUAACCAACUUGGUGAUUCAGGAGUGAAGCUCCUGUGUGAAGGGCUGAAGCACCCACUUUGCAAACUGGAGACAUUAAACUUGUUCAAUUGCGAACUUACAGCUGUUUGCACAGAGGAUCUUGCUUCAGUGCUCAGCAGCAGCCAGACCCUGACAGAACUGCUUUUGGGAAGUAAUGCACUUGGGGAUUCAGGAAUGAAGCAACUGUGUGAGGGACUGAAGCAUCCACACUGUAAGAUGCAAAAACUGUGUUUGUGUACAACUGGAAUCACAGCAGCUGGCUGUGUGGAGCUCUCUUCUGUCCUCAGCACAAGCCAGGUGCUGAAAGACAUUGAUUUAUGGGAAAACCCAUUGGAAGAUUCAGGAGUGAGAUUGCUAUGUGAAGGAAUGAAACACCCAGACUGCAAGCUUGAAGUUUUGUCGAUGUGGAACUGCAAAUUGACAGCAGCUUCCUGUGAAGACCUCUGCUGUGUUCUCAGCACCAGCCAAAGCCUGAAGAAGCUGAAGCUGGGAAAUAACAAACUGGGAGAUGCAGGAGUGAUGCUGCUGUGUGAGGGGCUGAAGCACCCAAACUGCAAACUGGAGACAAUAGAUUUGGAUACUGAAGAGUUGAGUGAAGACACAGUGAGAGAGCUGAGCUACCUGAAACGGAUGAAGCCUGAGCUGGUUAUAGACACAUAGAAUGGGCAGCAAUGGUGAUGGAAAGCUGGAAGUGACAAGUAUAGAGUUUCAUCCAGAGCAACACCUGUGGGUGCUCCACUGAAGCAUGUCAGCUACUGAGACUGUGGAGCAAGAAUUCAGGCUCCCCUCUUCAUCAUUAACUGAAGCAACAGCCAGACAAGAAGAGAAAAGAUAUGUUGGCCUUGAUUGGAUCUCCCCCGCCACACCUUCCUAAAAUCCUCUUUUUCCAUUUUAGCAGGCAGCUUUCCUUUUGGGGGAUUCAAACUGAUUACCCUUUGUUUAUUGAAAUAAUAAACAUAUUUCCUAUUGUG